AUGUCUGUAUACGUAAUCACCGGAGUUUCCAGGGGAAUAGGAUUCGAAUUCCUCCGGCAGAUCUCGGAAGACCCGAGUAGCCUGGUCAUCGGUCUGGUGCGCGACAAGCCUGCGACUGAGAAGAAGAUAGUAGCUGAACUGGGCGGCCGCCCCAACAUCCAUAUUCUCUAUGGAGACCUCAGCAAUUACGCCAGCCUGAAGCAAGCCGCAGCCGACACGGCCGAGAUUGUGGGCGAGCGUGGCGUUGACUACUUGGUCGCCAACGGAGCUCUGUUGCCCAGCCUAGACGCCUAUAAACCCAUUGGCGCACUGAGCAACAAACCCGAAGAGAUUGACUCGGUCUCAGCACAGCUCUCGCAGACCAACAUUGCCGGGAACAUCCACCUCUUCCACCUCUUCCUCCCUCUAGUCCUGAAAGGCACGGUCAAAAAAGUCAUCACCAUUUCGACUGGGCUAGCCGACCUUGACUUGACCAACGAAUAUGAGAUGGACGUGGGUGCUCUGUAUGCGGCCUUCAAAGCAGCCCUGAACAUCAUCGUGGCCAAGUUCAACGCGCAGUACAAGAAAGACGGGGUGCUCUUCUUGAGUAUCAGCCCCGGGGUGGUGGAUGUGGGCCACAGCGCAAACGCUACUCCCGAAGAGAUGAAGAGCAUGAUGGGACUCAUGGGCAAGAUUGUCGCCUACGCGCCUCACUUCAAAGGCCCAAUCACGCCCGAAGAAUCUGUCCGACAUGUCCGCUCGACGUGGGAAAAGGCUAGCAUCGAGGGUGGGUACGGCGGGGCGUUUGUCUCGCAUUUUGGAGAUAAGCAAUGGGUAUAA